ACAAAAAAAAUAGCUCAGUUUUCCCUAUAACGAAAAUCACAAAAAUGUUAAGUCAAUGGCGAUACUCCAUUUUCGUUGCAAUUAUAUUUGCAGCCAUAGUCAACGCGACAACAAGGACACCCCUUGUUGUCGCGAUUGACCCUCAAAAUCAUGGAGUAUCGAUACUCGAAUUAUACAUGCAUGACAUUCUCGGUGGAAAUAAUCCAACAGCUAGGCCAAUUACUGGUUUACUUGGCAACAUUUACAGUGGACAAAUACCUUUUGCAAGGCCUUUAGGUUUUCAACCUUCUAAAAAUGGUGUGGCAAUUCCAAAUUCUAAUGGUGCAAUUCCAACAUUCAAUAUCAAUGGUGUUCCAUUAGGAACUGGCUUAACAGGCACAACUUUUGCUGGCAUCCAGAAUAGCCAAACUAGUACUGUUACUACUCAAUUAGGCCCUGAUGGUUUGGGCCUCGGCUUUGGUACCAUCACAGUUAUCGAUGACUACUUGACUUCAUCCCCUGAGCUAGGCACACAAAACCUUGGGAAAGCACAAGGUAUAUAUGUUUCAAGUUCUGCAGAUGGGACUACUCAAAUGAUGGCAUUUAUCGCGAUGAUGGAAGGAGGCGAAUAUGGCGAUAGCCUCAAUUUUUUCGGAGUUUAUAGAAUUGGAAGUACUAUGUCAAGAAUUUCAGUCACUGGAGGAACUGGUAAAUUUAAAAAUGCUUGCGGAUUCGCAGAAAUUCGCUCACUUAUACCAACAGGUCAACAUGUUACAGAUGGUGCAGAGACAUUGUUAAGGAUUACUGUCCAUCUUACUUACUGAAAAAAAAAAAAAUUCUUCAAGCAAGAGAUGGUGGAUUGUUAAUUGUGUGAAAUUGAAUUCGAAACAACUUUGUUUGUGUUUUUUUUUCUUUUAUGUCUUAAAUUUUGAA